CCAUCUGUGCCAUAUUAGAUUUCUGACAAUACUGCAACGAGCUAAUAUGCAACUGCAGCACACCUAAUCCUGCUCUCGAGAUAUCCAGUGACAUAUCCAUGCACAUAACCCGCCACGUAUGGUGCACCAAACGUUAUGCCAACAUUGAUAAACGGAUCCAGCCCCUUUGCUUCUGAGAUAUACAAGUAUGCCUUGAGCCAGAUGAAAUGCACAGCAAGGCUCGCCAGAAUAAUGGGCAUCCAGUCAGAUCCGCUUGAAGUGGUUUGCGCAAAAGGGUUGGGAAAUAUCCAUAGGAUCAAGAUGUGCAGAUUGAUGGCGAGGACAGCGCACAGGAGAAGAAGGACUGCGUGCUGGAUCUUGCUCUGCAACAUUUUUUUUAUUAUAUUUAUUUUCUUUUCUUUUUCUUUUCUUUUUCUUCCUUUUCUUCCUUUUCUUCUUUUUGUGUGUGUUUGGUUGUUGUUGUCGUUGUAUCGACCUGGAUUGUCUCGAUUUUUUUGGUUGUCUCGACUGAGUAGAAUGUUAAUAGAAAGUUCGUUUGAUGCUGAAGCAGGAAGCAGGAAAGUUCAAUUGUUUACCUGUACCUGGACCCGAGGCUAUAUCACAAAAGCUCUUAUGCGCUGUGAACUCGCGAACCUACUGCCGAAGAAGAUAUCUACGUAGUACAUCAAGUCGCAAAUCGCAAGUCGUAAGUCGCCUCCUUUCGAUAUACAGAGUAGAAGAAGUCAACCCCCUUUUCAUACAAAUGCAAGAAGCAGUUGCCCCCGAUGACCUCAAGGUCCUCGGUCACCCCGCUUUUUCUUGCAACGGCACGCAUCCCUGGCAUUGUGCCCGGGACUUUGGUCGAGGUGUGGUGUUGUGGUGGGUCUCGCUGAGUAAAUUGCUCCUGUAUACGACCGUUGUCCUGACUG